AUGUCUCGGCGCGGCGCCGAGGCACAGAGCCGCUGCGAUGCAGCGGCGGCAAGGCACGGCGGCGAAAGCACCAUCGCCGGGCAGUCUCGGGGUGGCGUGGAGGGCCACUCGAGCUCUGCCGGCGGGGCGGCCGCCGCUCACGGGCACGCGACGCGAGGAGGCGUCGCCGAGGGCGUCGAGGAGGCGCUCGACGAGGCGCGGCCGCGGGCCGGGUCCUCUCGGAGCCGCGGAGGCGCCGCUGCAGGCGGCGGCGGCGAGAGCGGUUCAGAGGAUGAGGGUUCAGAGGACGAGGGUUCAGAGGACGAGGGUUCAGAGGACGAGGGUUCAGAGGACGAGGGUUCAGAGGACGAGGGUUCGGAGGACGAGGGUUCAGAGGACGAGGGUUCAGAGGACGAGGGUUCAGAGGACGAGGGUUCAGAGGACGAGGGUUCAGAGGACGAGGGUUCAAAGGACGAGGGUUCAGAGGACGAGGGUUCAGAGGACGAGGAGGUCAGCAGGCAGAGCGGCUGUGGCGGUGAGGGCCAUGCGGGCUCUGCUGCCGGCUCGCUCGCCUCUCUCGAGGAUGCGACGGCCGGGACAGCCGUCGCUGCAGCCGGCGGCACCGCGCCGCCUGACGAGCCGCGUCCGUGGACAGCGGCGAGCACCCGCUGCUGGGCGAGGGCAGCGGCGCAAGUUGGCGUCGAUGGCGCCGUCGCCGCAAAGCGUGAUCGAGAUCGCUUUGGCGGAGGCGCGAGCGACGCGGUGCACGACGAGGGGGCGGGCCUCGUCUCGGUGGGCGGCGGCGGGCCGCCUGGCAUGUCUCGGCUCGGCGCCGAGGCACAGAGCCGCUGCGAGGCAGCGGCGGCAACGCGCGGCGGCGGAGGCACCAUCGCCGGGCAGUCUCGGGGUGGCGUGGAGGGCCACUCGAGCUCUGCCGGCGGUGCGGUCGCCACGCACGGGCACGCGACGCGAGGAGGCGUCGCCAAGGGCGUCGACGAGGCGCUCGACGAGGCGCGGCCGCGGGCCGGGUCCUCUCGGAGCCGCGGAGGCGCCGCUGCAGGCGGCGGCGGCGAGAGCGAGGUCAGCAGGCAGAGCGGCUGUGGCGGUGAGGGCCAUGCGGGCUCUGCUGCCGGCUCGCUCGCCUCUCUCGAGGACGUGACGGCCGGGACAGCCGUCGCUGCAGCCGGCGGCACCGCGCCGCCUGACGAGCCGCGUCCGUGGACAGCGGCGAGCACCCGCUGCUGGGCGAGAGCAGCGGCUCAAGUCGGCGUCGAUGGCGCCGUCGCCGCAAAGCGUGAUCGAGAUCGCUUUGGCGGAGGCGCGAGCGACGUGGUGCACGACGAGGGGGCGGGCCUCGUCUCGGUGGGCUGCGGCGGGCCGCCUGGCAUGUCUCGGCUCGGCGCCGAGGCACAGAGCCGCUGCGAGGCAGCGGCGGCAACGCGCGGCGACGAAAGCACCAUCGCCGGGCAGUCUCGGGCUGGCGUGGAGGGCCACUCAAGCUCUGCCGGCGGUGCGGUCGCCACGCACGGGCACGCGACGCGAGGAGGCGUCGCCGAGGGCGUCGCCGAGGCGCUAGGCGAGGCGCGGCCGCGGGCCGGGUCCUCUCGGAGCCGCGGAGGCGCCGCUGCAGGCGGCGGCGGCGAGAGCGAGGUCGGCAGGCAGAGCGGCUGUGGCGGUGAGGGCCAUGCGGGCUCUGCUGCCGGCUCGCUCGCCUCUCUCGAGGACGCGACGGCCGGGACAGCCGUCGCUGCAACCGGCGGCACCGCGCCGCCUGACAAGCCGC